AUGGAGAAGUUUCUGCGCUCGUGGCGGCAGGAUGCGUUGAAUCGCGGUCAGCAUGAUGCGGCAAUUUACAUCGGAGACAAAGUGCUGGCGCUGACGAACAGUGACUCCGACGCCUUUUGGCUUGCCCAGGUUCAUUUCUCGAACAACAACUACACGCGCGCUUUGGCGCUACUCUCCCGGAAAGACUUGAUCUCGAGAAGCACCGCGUGUCGCUACCUAGCCGCGCAUUGUUAUAUUAAGCAGAAUCAGUUUGAACAGGCUCUGUCAGUGCUGGGCGAUCAUAACCCGACCCAUCUGAUCCGCACAAGUAACAACAGUGGCGGCCGUCGGAAACUCCAGCAUCUCAACGGUCAAUCCCAUGUUACGCUCCGGAAUGGUAAGACUACAGCAUCGCGCAUGGAUCGCGGGGAGGAACGGGAACGGGAAGAUGCGAAUAAUAUCCGAUUCGAGGCGGCAAUGUGUUAUCUACGGGGUCUCUGCUUCGCCAAACAGAAUGCCUUUGAUCGCGCGCGCGAUUGCUACAAAGAUGCGGUGCGCAUCGAUGUUCAGUGCUUUGAAGCCUUCGAUCAGUUGAUGAAGAACUCACUCAUGUCGCCGGCGGAAGAGCUGGAGUUCCUGGAAUCCCUGGACUUUGACUCUAUCUCUAGCCCGGAUCCGUCUGUUGCCCAGGAAGCGGCGCAUUUCACCAAGAUGAUGUACACCACCCGACUGUCCAAAUACUCGUCCCCCGCGAUACUUUCGGACGCGACAGAAACUCUGUCGACCCACUACAAUCUUGCCGAUAACCCCGAUAUCCUCCUUUCUCGAGCAGAAGCUCUGUACACGCAAUGCCGCUUUGCAGAAGCCUUGGAGCUCACCUCGUCCAUCUUGUCCACCUCCCAAUCGUCUACCACCUUGGCCACUACGACUGCCCCGCAUCCUCCGACUCAAAGCCACCUGGGACACCCGCCUGCCGUGUAUCCCUUGCAUCUGGCAUGUCUCUAUGAAACCGGCGCUACAAACGCCCUGUUUCUUCUGUCUCAUACUUUGGCUGAUCAUGCUCCGGAAGAGUCCUACACUUAUCUUGCCAUCGGUGUUUACUACCUGUCGGUAUCCAAGGUAUCGGAAGCCCGAAGAUUUUUCUCCAAAGCAUCUUUGUUGGAUCCACAUUCGGCUCCGGCAUGGAUUGGCUUCGCCCACACUUUCGCCGCGGAAGGGGAGCAUGAUCAAGCUAUUGCGGCGUAUAGUACAGCGGCUCGACUCUUCCAGGGUAGCCAUCUACCCCAGCUUUUCCUGGGCAUGCAGCAUCUCGCCUUGAACAACAUGUCGCUAGCCCACGAAUACUUAUGUGCGUCCUAUGCGAUGUCGACUGGCGCUGCCUCCGGGUCAGUGCCCUCUAUCCCCACGAACCCCUCAGAAGGCGCUUCCCUAGGUGGAGAUCCUCUCGUUCUGAACGAGUUGGGCGUCGUCCUCUACCAUCAAAACCACCUUGAAGGUGCUUCUGAACUGUUCCGUCAGGCGCUGGCAUUGGCGACCUCUCUCAACUGUGAGCCUAGUGCCUGGGUGGCCACGCGAGCGAACUUGGGACAUGCGCUACGCCGCCUCGGGUUUUUCGAAGAAUCGCUGGCGGAGUUCGAUGAGUGCUUGCGUGUCGGGGCUGGCGGUUCGAGCUUCGGCUAUAGCCCAUUCCUAGGCGGUAGCAGUGGUGCAUCUGGAGUUGCAGCAUCCGGCGUUGGGGGCUACGAGGACCGGGGGCUGAUCGGCUCCCUCCACACUUCUCGUGGCCUGGUGCUGCUAGAACUUGGAAUGACCAAGGAAGCAGUCACGGCCCUCCACGAGGCGGUCCGAGUUCUAGGGGCCAGCGGUGGCGGGGAUGCAGCCGGCGGCGCGGGAAUUGCUGGCACCCUCCUCUCUCGCGCCUUGGAGCUAUGGGCGAGCGAAGAGCGCGCGGCGGAAGAGCAGGAAGCUGAACGAUCAGCGAUGAGCCAGAUGAGAGCCGCGCGUGAACGAGCGAAGGGUAAAAGCGCCCGGCGACGCGAUGAUUCAUAUGCGGAAGAAUGGACAGAUGAGGUCCCCCAGGUGGACAGCUUUACUGCGGACUCAGAAACCUUGGAAGAGAAGGUCGAAAUGGAGCUUGAUGAGGAAGCCGAUGGACUCCUACGCCAGGCCAUCAGCCGGGUGCGCGGAGGACGACGACGCCGACCCCCAACAGCCGAGUUGAGCUCAGAGAUGGAAACCAACGAUACACCUGGUCCGGCUGGUAGUCGUCGGAGAGGAUCCCGCAGCGCGCGGAGUACCGCGUCUCGCCACUAG